UGUCUUUUCUUUUCCUCUUCUUGCAAGCCUUUGAAGAUGGGCUGUGUAAAUUAUUACUUCACUCUCUAAGUUAAUAUUUAUUUGUAAUGUUUAGCGGGAAUUAUUUAAUACUUCCCUUAAGAAAUUAUCAUUAUAAAAUGCCUCAAGAUUUAAAAGUAGACGAUUUAGUUCAAAGUGUAUCCCUCUAUUCCCCGCGACCUAUAAUUUUCAAUGGAACAGUGUUGCCUUUUCUCUUUAUGUAUGCAACAUGGCUGUAUACUUGGGUAUUUGUUUACGGUAUCGACGAAUUCAGUGAAGCCGGUUUCGUUGGAAUUGUAGUUGUUAGCCUAACUCAAAUAUUAAGUUGCCUGUGUUGCUACUGGUCAGUGCAUGUGCAAUGCUUUCUCACUUGUAAAAAGGCUAGAUGUGCCAAAGAUGCAAAACUUGCUAAAGUUGUACCAACCUCAAACAAUGGGUCGUCGGAGCUUGUUAAACUUCACCACCAUACAGAUUCCAAAGUACCAGAACAAAAUGCUAUCUGGUUCAUAUUUCAAAAGACAAAAUAUGUAUGGGAUGAAGAUAAGAAGCAAUUCCGUGGGCUUCAGUUCCCAACCGACAUGUCAUUCAGGGAGUACACUGAGUGGAAGGGUUAUCAAGAGGACACUGAUAUUGCAAGUGCAGAAAUUAAAUACGGCAAAAAUGUAUUGGACAUGGUUGUGCCAGAGUUUAUGGAGUUGUUCAAGGAGCGAGCGACAGCGCCGUUCUUUGUAUUCCAAGUGUUCUGCGUAGGACUGUGGUGCCUAGACAAGUAUUGGUACUACUCUCUCUUCACUCUGCUCAUGCUCGUCUUGUUUGAGUACACUCUGGUGCAGCAACAGUUGCGGAACAUGGCAGAGAUCAGGAAAAUGGGCAACAAACCACAUAUGCUGCAGGUAUAUCGUAACCGUCGGUGGCGACCUAUACAGAGUGAUCAGCUGGUGCCUGGUGACAUUGUGUCCAUUGCAAGGUCACAAAACGACAACCUUGUACCUUGUGACAUGCUGCUGAUCAGGGGCCCUUGUAUCGUGGAUGAGAGCAUGCUUACUGGUGAGUCAGUACCACAGAUGAAGGAGCCGAUUGAUGGUGUAGAUCCUCACAAGAUACUGGACGUGGAGGCUGAUGGGAAGCUGCACGUAUUGUUUGGAGGCACUAAAGUGGUCCAACACACUCCUCCGGGAAAAUCAUCCGCAGGCCUCCGAGCACAAGACAACGGGUGUGUAGCCUAUGUUUUACGCACUGGAUUCAACACCUCCCAAGGCAAACUUCUCCGCACUAUACUCUUUGGAGUCAAGAGAGUAACAGCUAACAACCUAGAAACAUUUGGAUUUAUUCUAUUCUUGCUUAUCUUCGCCAUUGCAGCAGCAGCCUAUGUUUGGAUUAAAGGCUCAGAAGACGAGAGUAGAAACAAGUACAAGUUGUUCUUGGAGUGUACGUUGAUAUUGACCUCAGUUGUACCGCCAGAGCUGCCUAUAGAACUGUCACUGGCAGUCAACACCUCGCUCAUAUCACUGUCCAAACUGGGUGUGUUUUGUACUGAGCCUUUCAGGAUCCCCUUCGCAGGCAAGGUGGAGAUUUGCUGCUUUGACAAGACAGGCACCUUGACCAGCGACAAUCUGGUUGUGGAAGGCAUAGCCGGUAUUGGGUCAUCGCCUGAGGCAGUCACACCGUUGUCAGAUGCAGGACUGGAGAGUGUACAAGUGUUAGCGACGUGUCACUCACUGGUGCAGCUAGAGGACGGACUAGUCGGCGACCCGUUAGAGAAGGCGACUCUUACAGCUGUUGACUGGAACCUUACAAAGGGUGACGCUGUUAUACCCAAGAGAGGCAAAGCUCCCGGCAUGAAGAUAUUCCACCGUCAUCACUUCUCCUCUACAUUAAAGCGUAUGUCAGUAGUGGCUGGUUACACACUGCCCGGCACUACAGACACUACCUACAUGGCUACUAUCAAGGGAGCACCUGAAACCAUAAAACCUAUGUUGAAGGAUGCGCCAGACAGUUAUGAUGCAGUGUACCUGGCGCUGUCACGGCGCGGCGCACGAGUGUUGGCGCUAGGCUGGCGCGAACUCGGCCGUCUCAGCCACCAGCAGGUGCGAGACCUCUCACGAGAAGACGUGGAACGAGACUUCCACUUUGCGGGGUUCGUCAUUAUCUCUUGUCCCCUCAAGACUGACUCUCGCUCCGUCAUCAAGGAGAUCAUCAACGCGUCCCAUGUGGUGGUGAUGAUCACAGGAGAUAACCCUCUGACAGCUUGUCAUGUAGCCAAGGAGCUCAGGUUUACGCAGAGGCCUGGUGGAAUAUUAGUGUUGACAUCGUCUGGGGACCAACAUUGGUUCUGGGAGUCCAUCGACCAAUCACUCAAGUUGCCAUUGACUCCAGACAAGUCUUACAAGGAGUUUGUCAGCAACUACGACUUGAGCCUCACUGGUGAGGGUCUACAGUUCUUGGCAGAUAACCACAAAGACUAUCUGAUGAACAUUUUGCCACAUGUGACAGUGUUCGCUAGAGUGGCUCCUAAACAGAAGGAGUACAUCAUAGUGUGUCUGAAGAGCCUGGGAUACACUACGCUUAUGUGCGGAGAUGGGACCAAUGACGUUGGGGCACUGAAGCACGCCCAUGUUGGUGUUGCAAUUCUGUCAAAUGCUCCUGAGCGAUUGCCAGAGAAGAAGAAGAACUCAACGGAAAAAGAGAAAACCAGACCCGAUAAAAUAAGUGAAAAAGACUCACACAGAAAAAGUGAUAAAGAUAAAGAAAAACAGAAAAUGAUAAACCCCGGACCGUUUGGCCAUAGACAGCAAAACGCACUUACUGACAAACAGAUGGCACAUUCACAUUUACAAAAACUACUUAAAGAACUGGAAGAACAGGAUCAAGCACAAAUUGUAAAAUUGGGAGAUGCCAGUAUUGCGGCACCAUUCACCAGCAAACUCUCUUCCAUACAGUGCAUCUGCCAUGUGGUGAAGCAGGGCCGCUGCACACUGGUCACCACACUACAGAUGUUCAAGAUACUCGCACUAAACGCUCUGAUCCUCGCGUACAGUCAGUCUGUGUUAUACCUGGAUGGUAUCAAGUUCAGCGACAUGCAAGCCACUUUGCAGGGUCUGCUAUUGGCUGCCUGCUUUCUCUUCAUCUCACGCUCCAAGCCCUUGAAGGUUUUGUCACGUCAGAGGCCGUUACCCAAUAUAUUCAACGUCUACACAGUGCUCACAGUAUUAUCCCAAUUUUUUGUACAUUUUGCAAGUCUUGUCUACCUUGUGCAACAAGCUUCGUUAAUAUCUCCACCAAAGAGUGAUAAAACUUUCAACCCAGAAGAAGAAGCAGACUUUGAGCCUGGUAUUUUGAACAGUACAGUGUACAUCAUCUCCAUGGCUUUACAAGUCUCGACAUUCGCCAUUAACUACAGGGGUCACCCGUUCAUGGAAAGUUUGUCUGAGAACAAGGCCUUGCUGUACAGCAUCUUAGUGUCUGCUGGCUCAAUACUAGCUCUGGCAUUGGGCAUUGUCCCCGACAUUGCCAACCAGUUUGAGAUCGUUGACUUCCCUCCAGAUUUUCGGUUAAUCUUAGUCAGCGUCCUGUUUGCAGACUUUUUCUUCUCCUUCCUAGUGGACAGGAUAUUCUUGUUCCUAUUGGGUGAGGGCAAAUUAAAAAUCUCUCACUGACAUUGAGGCACUAUAUUUUGUUACCUCAUUCCUGAAUGGACAAGACUUCUUUGUACUCAUUGUAUAAAGUUAUUUUUGAAAAACAAUAUUUAUACUAUGGUAUAAGCUGGUUAUUAUAUUUUUUCUGUUAUAAAGUUCUUGCAUUUUAAACCUAGGACCAAUUUGUUAUUUUGUUUCGUUGUUGGGUAUUGAAUUAGGCCUGCUGAUUUUUGUAUCAUCCUAUUGAAAAGACGUUUUAUGAUUACCAUAUAAAUAUCAUAGGUCUCUGCAGUACCUAUAUCGGUGCGUUUGGAAUAAAUUAUUAUAAGUUUAUUUUGCUUUUUAGAAAAAUCUAUCUAAAGAAUGGAUAAAAUGUUUGAAUUUUUAUAUCUAAAAAUGUGCAUCUUGGAGCUUUAUACUAAGCUCAACAAAUCAGUAAUAACAUAUUAAGUGAAUCUUGUAUGAAAAUAUAAACUGAAAAUAUAUCGGUGCGUUUGGAAUAAAUUAUUAUAAGUUUAUUUUGCUUUUUAGAAAAAUCUAUCUAAAGAAUGGAUAAAAUGUUUGAAUUUUUAUAUCUAAAAAUGUGCAUCUUGGAGCUUUAUACUAAGCUCAAGAAAUCAGUAAUAACAUAUUAAGUGAAUCUUGUAUGAAAAUAUAAACUGAUCUCUGCAUUUAGACUUGUGCAUGUUUUACCAAAGUGCAUUGCAAAAACUGAUUUUUUAGGUUGUUCCUCAAAAAUCUAAAGACAUUUCACCAAUAAAUUCACCAUGAUUUGUUUUAACUGAAUUGGUAAACUAUAUUAUCUUUACUUGUAAGUUUUUCUAAGGUUGAAUUGUAAUAAUAGAUGAGUUUUGCUAUUGUAUUAUGCAUAUUGUGUAAUAAACUGUUGUUUAAUACUGCCUGUUAA